AUCAGCUCUCCAUUGGUCACCUCCACACCAAAGGGACAACAUGUCAUUAGUGAGUGGAAGAGAACACUUUGUUUACACUUGAACAAAUACGCGUUACAAACAGGAGUUCCUGGGAUUUCGAAUUGAUUGAAUUAUUGAAACACGUCCACGCACGCAAACAAUUAUAUUAUAGUUAUUGUAAUAAUAAUUAGAAUUAUAUUGUAACACUUUCUUGUUGUCCUUCCUUUUUAUCUUUUCAUUCAAAUUGUGUGAACGGGAUCAGACAAUCACACUGUAGGCCUACUCUUGUGCUAUUUAUGUAUUCCCAAUAUAGGGAGACUAGUCUCACAUCUUGCCGAAUACAAACCAUGCCAGAGGGGGGAGAGAGAGAGAGAGGGAGAGAGAGACAUCUCCAGACCCCACAGCAGGGGGUCUCGCCUCAGUGGCCGACGGUUCUCGCGAGCACACGACGCACUACGGAGACCGCAGCGCCCCGUGCGCCCUCCACAGACUCCAUUCGGGACGACACUUCUCCGUGGAAAAAAUACACACACCCUCUGCCUGCAAAUGAGCUGCAGGGGCAGCGGGAGGACCGUGACAACGCCGUCCCUUCCGGCAGGGCGGGCUGACCGACUCCCCGGUGGCGGCGGUAUGGACGCCCGGACCCAAAUGGCGGAGUGAGCGAGGAUGCGCCUCCCCAGUUCCAUCUUUGUGUCGGUGUCUCUGUUCACGGCCGAGACCACGGCGGCGCUCUACCUCAGCUCCACGUACCGCUCCGCCGGAGACCAGAUCUGGCAGGGUCUCACGCUCCUCUUCACGCUCGUGCCGUCCGUGCUGGUGCAGCUCACCCUCACCUUCAUCCAUCGGGACCUGAGCAGGGACCGACCGCUCGUCUUGCUGCUGCACAUCCUGCAGCUCGGACCCGUAGUCAGGUGUCUGGAGGCGUUCUGCAUCUAUGGCAGUGUGGGCCGUGUGGAGGAGCCCUAUGUCAGCAUCAUCAGGAAGAAGCAGAUGCCUCGCCGGGGCCAGUCGGAGGAGGUGGAGCGGCAAGUGGGGCAGGCGGAGGGGAAACUGUUUACACACCGAGCCGCCUUCGCCCGCACCUCGGUAAUCCAGGCCUUCCUGGGAUCGGCCCCCCAGCUCACCCUCCAGCUCUACAUCUGCAUCCUGCAGCAGGGGGUCUCCAUCGGACGAGGCACUCUGAUGGUGAUCUCCCUCCUGUCUAUUGUGUACGGAGCACUGCGCUGCAACAUCCUGGCCAUUAAGAUCAAAUAUGAUGACUAUGAAGUGGACGUCCGCCCCAUGGCCUACGUGUGCAUUUUCCUGUGGAGGAGCUUUGAGAUCGCCACUCGCGUGGUGGUUCUGGUUCUGUUCAGCUCUGUGCUGCAGCUCUGGGUCCUGCCUGUGGUUCUGCUCAACUUCCUGGUUUUCUUCCUGUACCCGUGGAUCCUGUUCUGGCAGAGCCACUCACCGUUCCCUGAGAAUAUCGAAAAGACUCUGACCAGGGUGGGAACCACCAUCGUGCUCUGCCUGCUCACCUUCCUCUACGCCGGCAUCAACAUGUUCUGCUGGUCAGCCGUGCAGGUGAAACUCAACGACCCGGACCUCAUUAACAAGUCCCAGAACUGGUAUCGCAUGGCCGUGUACUACAUGAUGCGCUUCGUGGAGAACGCCUCGCUGCUCCUGCUGUGGUACAUCUACAAAACGGAUUUCUACAAGUUCUUCUGUGCGCCGCUGCUGGUGCUGCAGCUGCUGGUCGCCUACGCCAUCGCCAUCUUCUUCAUGCUGGUCUUCUACCAGUUUUGUCACCCGUGUCGGAGGCUCUUCUCUUCCAGCAUGACCCAGGGACUUUGGAACUGCUCGUCUCUCCUUUGUCUCAUGUACAAUUCUGCUUCCCCACAGAACAGGCCGAUGGGAGAGGCGCCCCGUCCCACCAAAAGCACAGGGCCGCCUAAUGACGAGGCCCCCGACUCCGCCAGCGACAGCGCAGACGACGUGCCUAAUGAAACGUCGUACGACAUGCUCACUGAUACAAUCUAUGAGAAUGCUAAUGAACUGGGUCAUAAUAUAUGCGGUGGAAUCAACGGUGACAUUAACCACAGCGUAUCCUGCAAUGCUUAAAGCGAACACGUGCCACCAAGAGGAGAGAGGAGAGGACAGUCUGAUCAGACUCGCUUUAACCCUCCAAGUGCCACAUGAACCCCUCCACCACUGAUUCCUCAUCAUAUGUCCAUCUCUACUCAACUCAACACACCAUGUUCAGUUGUGAACAGAAGCAAAGGUGUUGCGCACAUGCCUCAUCAGCCGAAGUACCAACAAGCUCUUGAUAGGCUUACAAAUAAAGUCAUGGACCCAGCAAUUACUUCUAUUGUUUUCAAUGUGUCUACUUCUAUGCUGCAUUACUGAUCCCAAGGCGCCAUGCAUUUGAAUUGAUUGUAUUUAAUAUCUGUGUCUGGCAUGGAGGUGUGCAUGUGUUGAGCCUCAGAUGAACUUCUGCACGAGGGAGGAUCUGUUUUGUACAGAGGGCGGGAGGGGGGAGUGUUCUGAAACUCUGUGUAGUUUUCUGGCUGCAAGCAAUCAGCUUUUUUACUCCUUGAUCACAGCUUUAUCAUUAAUACGCGCUGCUUCUGUGAUGUAUUUGUGAUUGGCGAUGAGAUGUGAAUCUCCACACGUUAUGUAAAGAGCCUGUUUGAUCACACAUUAAUUGUAAAUUACGACCUUCUUCUGGCGUAAUGUUUUUGCACGUUUACAAAAGGGACUUAAGUGGCUUUGUUUUAACUGCUGAGCAACAGUUGCAGUGAUGUGAAAGGCUUUUAGAUGUGUUUGCAUUUUUGUAAUUAGAGCUAAUGUUGGUGUUGGCUCUAAGUCUGUGUAUCACUAGUAUAGAAUAUUUACACCGAGUGCACACUAAAAUGUAUUAUCUUAGCAUCUGAAAGACGGCAUCAAGUAUUUUUGCAACCUUAAAUGUAUAAUUGUGUAUGAGAGAGAAUGUGUUUGUUUUUGCACUUACUCCUUUGCGCCAUGUAUCUGCAGAAGGAUGACUGCCUCAUUUAUCAAAUUAAUUAACUGUUUUUUUUUAAGAUGAGCCAAAAAAAAUGUGUUGCAGAAAUUGGACAUUCCCAUACAGAGCAAAAAUAAAGGCCUAUAAUACUACUUAAAAAUAAAUCUAUAUUUCUAUGUGGAAA